UCGUCAACUAAGUUUCUUCACUCUCCACUUCAUAAUAUCAACUUCGUUCUAAACAAUUAGAAAGAACAAAUUAUACAUGUCUCCACAAACAUAUAGAAUAUUAGUUGUUUAAGGAAGAUAUAUUAUUUAGAAUAUUAAAUAUACCGGGAAAGUUAUUAUAUGUGUGUGGGCGGGUACCCAUGGGGCGGGUUUACCUAAACCCAAACCCAACCCGAGCUAGUGAAUAGUGUAGCGGGUUUAAACCCGAACUUGGCGAAAAACCCGUCAACACGGAUUUUACCCGCGUUGACCGGGUUGGGUCGGGUGGGUACCCGUGGGUUCGGGUUUUGUUGCCAUCCCUACUAGUCGAUACAGACAUUGUUUAUGCUGAUGAUUGAGUAUAUGUUGCAAAUUGUGGGCAUAACUGUUAAUAUGUUUUUAUGAAUUUUGAUGGUUCGAGAAGGUGAUUGGGUAUGAUUUUUCAUGAUUGUUGUAUUUGGAUGCACAUGUGGGAAAAUAUAUAUUCCCUGGUGAUAUUAUGAUGUUUAAGGAGGAUGACUUGCACGAGGGUUUAUCCCGAGGAAGUGCAAUUAUACGACUCCUGGUUAUGUUGAGCCAAUUGUGGCCAGGUCAAGAACAUGUCUAAGUAAUGAAUUAUGAUUAAGCAAGAUGAGAUAUGGAUCAUGUAUAAGGAUACCAAGUAAGAGUACUUUGGUCUCAUGGUCAAUUACAUAGUAAUUAGGGCUCCCCAUGCUAUUACUCAGUUAUGAUAUGUUAUGUCACACCCCUGAUGUGGUGUUGACCGUUGAUUCAUCAUGAGAUAUAUGACCACACCCAGAGUGGUGUUGAGUCCGAUAUGACCACACCCAGAGUGGUGUCAGCUCCGAUAUGAUUACACCGACAGUGGUGGGUCCGAUAUGACCACAUCCACGAGAUGUUUGGUCCGUAUUCCCGGAAGAGUAAUUAGCAUGGGAGUAGCCAGGCGCCUAUGAUUAAAACAUGAUAAGAUGCCUAUGCAUAAGUCAAGGUGGUUGCGUCUUUUGCCUAUUGGGAUGUCGGAUGGCUGAGGGUUGAUCCUAGUGCUUUGGCUUGUUUGCUAGAUGUAUGGUAGGAGUAUGCUCUGUUAUGAACUCACGAUGCUAUGAUUAUCUCACUCAGUUAUGAGCUAACCCUCUUUAUCCUUUUUCUCUGCUUAUGUCAUGUGUAAGUAGAUCAUCAUCAGCAGCAGUAGAUAAGUGUUAGGUGGGAGAGGAGCUAGAGUUGAAGCCAAGAUGAGGUAUGGUCUUCAACUAUUCUGUGCUUGGACUACUACUCAGGAUUUUGGCCAGUGAUCCACACCUUUUUGUAAAAAUGUUUUGAGAACAUUUUCAUGUGCAUACUAGCUUCUGAUGUAGUGUGAGAUAUCCACAGGUGUGGAAAGUUGAUUAUAUGUGUAUAUGUGUGUGGUGGUGUAUGUAGUGAUGAUUAUAACAUGUAUAAGUAUGGUAUGUAGUUGCAGAGUUCGAAAGUGUGACUAUGGCUACGAAAGCCAAUGUACAUGGUUAUGAGUAUAUAUGUAUGUCUAAGAAUGCAGGGAUUCAGAUGAAUAAUUUGGCAGGAUAAGUUGCAAGAACUGUUAGCCCAUUACGCGAGUAAUUCAUUGCAAAAUUUUAUUGGUUGAUUUUUGGUAAUUAAUGUAACACCAAUUUUAAAUUCCGCUGCAAUUGUAUGAACAAUAUGAUUAGGUAAAAUGUGCAGGGUAGGGUGUUACAUUGGCUCAAAGUUCAUUAUGCAUUGCUUUGCUCCAACCAUUGUAAUUGGUGGUGGUGAGCUUAUCUGCUACAAGAACAAGAUUACUUGUUCAAAUCCAUGGAGAUAAAAAAGAUCUAACAUAGGAUCUGGGUUAGCUCCUACCUCUUCGGCCAUUGUUGCUAGUGGAGGUUAGGGUUUCCAUCAACCAAAUUUUAAUACCAUAACAACAAUUUGUAUUGGCAAGACUGAAAACCUACUUCUUCUCAUUGUCCUCACAGCUUAUAUAGCUGGAUUAAAGUAGCAGUAGAAGACAAUCUUGGUUCAUAAGCAAGUACAAUUUAGAAAAGAAAAAAAGUAAAAAAGCAUGACACUGGGUACUGAAAAUGUAAAUGGACAACAUCGCUCCAGCUCUGUUUUUCGUUUGUCUAAUAUGGUAUAUGGGUGUAGGAAGAUGGUUUAAGGGUUUGGGGAUUAAAGCGCCCCUUCCCGUAUGACAAGAUAUGGAUGGGAGAUUUGGGGAUUAGGAAGGGGGUUUAUGAGUUUUGGAAGAUGGCUCUUUAUAUUAAAGCACUUAUCUUAUUUUCUUGUUUUUAUUGGUGAUGAGGACAGGAGGCCAAUGAAUGCAGAAUCCGGUAGGGUUUAGUUUGGGUAUUUAGGGAUUAUAGGAAAUUAAAAUUUUAUUUUUUUAAUUAUUGUGUGAAAAUGAGGUAAAAAAAUAAAAAGAUUAUUUAUUAUUUAUUUUUUAAUUAUCACGUCAUGAAUUUAACAAUCAACUAUGAGAGUUGAUUAGACAAAGCUAACAUAUUUAGAUGGAGAGUGACCAAAUUUGAAUUUUUGAAUUAAUCCAAACUUAAGUGGAUUGGUGGAUUCAUAGAUAUUUAAAAUUUAUAUAUUAGUACAUAUAGUAUUUAUAUUUUACAUUUUGAUACCUUUUAAUUUUUUUAGCAUAAAAUAUCAUUGAAAAAUCAUGUUUUGGUACCUCGCUCGGUAAGUAAGGAUCACAUUUGUGAAGACGAUAGGUAGGGUGGUUUGAGUUUUCAAGAUUGUCGAAUUUUCAACAUAUAGCACUAUUUCAAAGAGAAAAAUAAGCUUUCGAAUAUCAUUACACGGCCUAAGUCUUUAGUGGCCAUGAUGCUGAAAGACAAAUACUACCCCACUACUACAAUCUUUUAAGCUAAAAUGCUAAAUAUCCUCCUCUGCCAUCUUCGUAUGGAGAAGCCUUAUGCGGGCCAAGAUUUUAUUGAAGAAAUGUUCGAGAUGAAAGGUGGGAAAUGGGAAGUACUUGAGGAUAUGGCUCGAGAGGUGGAUCCCCAAUAAAUCCACUUUCAAGACAUGUUAAAUCCAUCUUCUGAGAAAUGCAUUUUUUCGGAGUUUAUUUGUCGUUAGUUAUUAUUCGGGCUAAUUGAUGUUAUGUGGGAUAUUUCGGGAACUAUUGGGGGUUAUUCGAUCAGGUUAAUGAUUUGGGUAGUUAUAGUGAAUCAGUCGAAUUAUAAAAAUAUAUAUAUAUAUAUAUAUAUAUAUAUUUUGUGUUAGGAGAGAUUAGAGGUUAAGCAAUAACAAAAAAAUUAUUCCCUAAGCCUACUUCUCUCCCUCACCUUCUAGCCGUCGGCCAUUCCAUUCUCGGGAACCGACCUCUGCUUCUCUCUCACCUGAAUUUCAGUUCUUCCUCAUCUAAAUCCUCAAUUCUCUUAUCAAUAAUAAACCCUAAAUCACACAUAUAGAUCCUUGUUCUUUCAGUGGUAUCAGAGCCUGGCUGUUCCCUGAAAAGAGCCAAUCGCAAGACGAAGAUGACGAAUCCCGAAACAAACCGCAAUAGUAGAGAACGGCCAAGGAAGUAGUGACCUUGAAGGACGUAACGACGAGCAAGUAUGAUAUGAUCCUCACAACGCUGGAGAGCCUAACGGAGUCGACCGUGAGGUCAGCGGCUGCAUCGCGGGGCUCGUUCGGCGCCAUCCAAGCACUGGGCAGUCAACUCGCAGUCUCGAUUGAGAUGGGCAAGAACGUGACCGCGAAUCUGUGUCGGGCUCUCGCGAAAAAAAUGAGGGAGGUGUUGACAGGCGUUCUGAAGAGCCGCGAGCAGUCGCAGGAACCCAGACCGGCGGCGGCGACGGUGACAGGAAUCGAGGAGCCGGCUGCUCUUGGCGGGGUGACUCCGGCGGCUAAGACAGGGACGAAAGAGAUGAAGGCGGUGGAGGUAACCGUGACCACUGAUUUCAAGCCGAAGGGGACCGCGGCCGGCGGGGGAGGACACGGGGAGCGUGACGAGGAGGCUCCUCCGGAGCCGGUGUUUAGCGAUCCGGGCUUGCUACCAGUCCCGACGGCUUAGGAGAUUUACGAGGCUCGUGGGAUAAAGAAGAUGGCUGAGU